AUGUGUUUCACCGAAACCAGUCACCAAGCUUCUUCAAAUGGUUUUACUUUAGUUUCUAAAGCUGCUGAAAAUAAAAGUGGUUCAAUCUCUAUUUUUGAGGUCUCCAGUGAUUGUUGUAACCCAAUCUUGCCCGGAUUGCCCGAUGAUGUGUCGAAACUCUGCCUUGCUCUCGUCCCGCGAUCUGAUUUCCCUGCCAUGGGUGCUGUGUCUAAGAGAUGGAGAUCCUUCAUCCAAAGCAAAGAGUUCACCACUGUUCGAAAACUGGCUGGUAUGCUUGAGGAAUGGCUUUAUAUAUUGACUCUGGAUGCUGAAGGGAAAGAGAGCCACUGGGAGGUUCUAGAUUGUCUUGGAAACAAACACCGGCGACUUCCAGCAAUGCCUGGACCUGUUAAGGCGGGAUUUAGUGUUGUUGCUCUCAAUGGAAAGCUUCUUGUCAUUGCUGGAUAUUCUGUUGUAGAAGGGACUAGUUCUGUCUCGGCGGAUGUUUUCCAGUAUGAUCCUUGUCUGAACAGGUGGAGCAAGCUGGCGAGCAUGAAUGUGGCUCGCUAUGACUUUGCGUGCGCUGAGGUGGACGGGCGGGUGUAUGCAGUCGGGGGUUGCGGGGCAGAAGGAGAGUCCCUCUCGUGUGCAGAGGUGUACGACCCGGAUGCGAAUGCAUGGGCGCCUAUCGAGGGCCUUCGCAGGCCGCGCUGGGGCUGCUUCGCGUGUGGGUUCGAGGGGCGGGUGUACGUGAUGGGUGGGCGGUCGAGCUUCACGAUUGGGAAUUCACGGUCAGUGGAGGUGUACAGCCCCGGGAAGGGUGCGUGGGUGCAGAUGAAGAAGGGGUGCGUCAUGGUCACAGCUCAUGCAGUGGUUGGGGACAGGCUGUGCUGCAUGGAGUGGAAGAACGAGCGGCGUCUCGCGGUCUUUACACCCGCAGAUAAUUCCUGGAAGCUCGUGCCCGUCCCUUUGACGGGGAGCUCAAGCAUCGGUUUCUGCUUCGGGAUAUUGGAUGAGAAGCUUCUGCUGUUCUCAGUGCAGGGAGACCCGGGGUAUUGCACGCUCAUGUACGACCCGGAUGCGGGACCUGGGUCUGAAUGGGGGACAUCUCAGAUCAGGCCUUCGGGGGUUUGCCUCUAUUGUAUCACAAUCAAGAGUUGA